UUUCUCUUCGCGGUGUUGAUUCGAGUAGAGUUAGAAUAAGUUGCUAUGUGGUUUUGAGUUAAAUUUAAAACAAAUAAAUUUUGUCAAAAUUAACGUAGUGUUAAAUUAUUCGUUUUGUUAAUAUUAGCCUUUGAUUACACAAAUAUCAACAAAAAUUUUAAACUCUAUUGCUGAAAAAAAGUAAGAUUUCAAAAUGACGUAUCGCUUUGGAUCUAUUAACUUGACGCGCUGGCAAUUGGCUGUUUUACUUGGUACGCCGGUUCUGGUGGGCGUUGGUAUAUACUUUGUCAACAGAGCUAAGAGUUCUGAUAAGAAGUCGCGCCGGCGCCUGACAUCUUCAAUUGAAACUGAAGAUGAUGCGUCUAAUGCUGUAAGCUCUGAAAGUACUGAUGCUAAAAAUGAAGAACCGCAUAUGACACCUAUCGAAGUGGCAAACAGUUUAAAGAACAUGGGUAAUGCUUGUUAUCGCAAAGGUAAAUAUGAUGAAGCUAUUGCGUUUUAUGAACAAGCAAUAGCUAAUUGCCCAGAAACGAAUACCACCGACAUGGCCAUAUUUUACCAAAAUCGUGCUGCAGCUUAUGAAAUGCUUCAAAAAUAUGCUGAUGUUAAAGAAGACUGUACUCAUUCAAUAGAGUACAACCCACGUUAUGCUAAGGCCUAUUUCCGUCGUGCGAAGGCAUACGAGGCAACCAACCAAUUACGUGACUGUCUUGAUGACAUCACUGCUACAUGCAUCCUUGAAAUGUUCCAGAAUAAUAGCACUAUUGUUUAUGCUGAUCGUAUACUACAGCAAACUGGCAGAGAGGAUGCAGAGAAAGCUAUGGUGAAUCGUGUUGCUAUACUGCCUUCGCAGGGUUUUAUUAACAUAUAUUUGCGCUCAUUUGUUAAUGAUCCAGUUCAAAACUUUGUUGUGCCAUUAUCUACAAUGGCAGAAGAUGCGGAUGGUUUCUUGCGUGCAAGGAUUGCUUUGGAUAAAGAAGAGUAUUACGACAUCAUACCUGCUUGUACAGAGGAAAUUGAAAGAUCUGAGUCAGAAUCUCUAUUCAAAUCUGAAGCAUUAUUGUUGCGCGGUACGUUCCAUCUCUUGUCCGGAAAUUUCGAAGAGACCCACCAGGAUUUUAAUGAGAUUAUUAAUAGUGAUAUUGCUGAUAUAGCAAUCCGUCAAUAUGCAUUUAUUAGGCGUGCUUCAUUGUUUAUUCAAUUGGAACAGAAAACUCUUGGUUUGGCCGAUUAUUUGCAAGCUGAGCAGCUAGAUCCCAAUAAUCCUGAUGUAUAUCAUCAACGUGCCCAGGUGUAUAUAUUAAUGGAUCAGUUGAGCGAGGCUCUUGUUGAAUUCAAAAAAGCUGUUAAACUGGCACCAAAUCAUGGUAUGGCAUUAAUUCAGAAGUGUUAUGCUGAGUAUAGACAGUCUUUACUCUCGCAAAAUCAUUUACGUCUUGCUACGGUCAUUGAUGAUUUUAGAGUUGCUAUUGAGAAGUUCCCAACAUGCAUUGAAUGUUACAGUUUAAUGGCUCAGGUUUUGACUGAUCAGCAACAGUUUUUGCAAGCUGAUGAGUAUUAUGCUAAAGCUCUUACAUUGGCACCAAAACAUGCAUCGCUUUACGUACAUCGUGGCAUUUUGUAUUUGCAAUGGAAGGGCGAUGUGGAUAACGCAGUACAAUUCAUGAACCGUGCCAUUGAAAUAGACGAUAAAUGCGAAUUGGCUUAUGAGACUCUUGGUACUAUUGAAGUUCAACGCGGUAAUUUGACAAAAGCCAUUGAGCUGUUCACCAUGGCAACCAAAUUGGCCAAGACUAAGGCUGAGAUGUGUCAUCUGUUUUCUCUUCGUAAUGCAGCGAUCGCUCAAGUAAAUGUGACCACUAAGUUAGGUAUUGAUAUGUCAACAAUAUCUACAUUUGCUCAAAUUAAUAAUCAAUCAUUCAAUCCAGCACCAGUUAACAGUACAAACUAAAUCCAAGACUCAAAAAUUUUAAUUUCACUCACUUUGACCCUUAACUGCUCUUGAUAGUCAAUUUAAUUUGGAUGGUAUAGAACGAACAUUUUGUAUUUUAUGUUUUACGCGAGUGUAUCAAAUAUUUCUGCAUAAUUAAAUGAUAAAAAUUUUAAUGUCAAAAUUAUUUGCAAAUCUAUAUAUAAAAUUCAUUUAAUACACGCUUCUAUCUUUAGUUUUAUAAAAAUAUGCGUGCAUAUGAUUUUGUAUAUAUAUAGAAUUGCAAAUGGUGUACAAAAAUCUUUAAUCAUAAAUUGAAACAGUGAUUAUGUAGAAAAUUAUAUAUAUGUCGGAAUAAAAAAACUGUUCAAAAUUAAAUUGUAUAAAAUGAGCAUUAUAAAUUAGCAUUACAUAAAUAGCAAUAAUUAAAAAUGUUCAUACAUCAUACCA